AUGUAUGCGGAGUUUGGGUGUGUUGAGUUUGCACGGCAGGUGUAUGAGGAAAUGCCCAAUAGUAAGAGAAAUGAGGUUUCUUGGGCUUGUUUGAUUGCUGGGUUUGUUAAUAAUGAUCGCCUGAAAGAGGCAUUGGAUCUUUUUAAUGGAAAUGAUUGGAGGGAGAUGAAGGUUGAUCAGGUCACAUUGGCUAUUGUGCUUUCUGCGUGCGGACGGACCCGGGAUUUGGAUCUGGGGAAGGAAAUUCAUUGUUAUAUUGAGGAAGAGGGGAUUGAAAUGAGUGUAAUUCUCUGCAAUUCGUUGAUGGGUAUGUAUUUGAAGUGCGGGUGUUUGGAAAUCGGCCGAAGGCUGUUCUUGGACAUGACGGAGAGGGAUUCCGUUUCUUGGAAUGUGUUCAUUUCAGGGUUUGCGGAGAAUGGGUGUUUGGAAGAGAGCCUAGAAAUGCUUACUGAGAUGCGAUUGAGGGGUGUGAAAGCUGAUGAGGCCACCUUUCUGAGCUUGAUUUUGGGUUGCUGGCGGCUUGAUUUUGGCAUUGUGAUUCAUGAUCAUGCCAAAGAGAUGGGGUUUGAGUUGAACAUCCCAAUCUGCAAUGCGCUUAUCACUAUGUAUUCAAGAAUUGGAAGCAUUGAUAUGGGGAGACAACUGUUUGAUGAUAUGCCUGAAAGAGAUAUUGUCUCAUGGAACUCUAUGAUUGCAGGUUAUGCUCGAUCAGGUUCUAUGGAUGCUGCUCGCCUUCUUUUUGAACGGAUGCCCAAUAAGGAUAAUUUUUCAUGUAGCACAAUGAUUAUGGGGUAUGUCAGGCAGGGUCAAUCAGAUGAAGCAAUGAAAAUCUACAAAAUGCUUCUAGUUGAAGGUAUAGAACCCGACAGGGUAACUAUAACCAGUGUUCUUUCUGCAUGUUCUCAUUUGGGGCUGCUAGAAGAAGGAGCAUCAGUCCAUCUCUACUUGGAGAAGAUCGGAAUGCAAAUUGAUACUGCUUUGGGCACUGCUUUGAUCGACAUGUAUGCAAAAUGCGGGUGUUUGGAGAAGGCCAUCGAAGUUUUUGAAGGCCCAUUUGAGAGGGAUGUGUUUACAUGGACCACAAUGAUUUCGGGAUUGGCCAUGCAUGGACAUGGGAAAGAGGCUGUCAAUCUCUUCCAACAAAUGCAAUGUGUAGGAGAAGAAUUGACCAAACCCAAUUCUGUCACCUUUUUAAGUGUUCUAUCUGCUUGUACUCAUGCUGGAUUGGUUGAAGAUGGACGGCAGAUCUAUGACAGCAUGUCGAAUGAUUAUGGAAUAGAGCCCACAAUGGUGCACAAGGGAUGCAUGGUUGAUCUACUUGGGCGGGCUGGACAGUUAAAUGAAGCAGUUGAGUUUAUAGCAAGCUUGGGGUCUGAAGUUGAUGUCUGCGUAUGGGGAGCCCUAUUGGGUGCCUGUAGAAUCCAUCGAAAUGUCGAGUUGGGUGAAUUUGCUACUAAGAAGAUACUUGAGCUGGACCCUAUGCACCAUGGAGCCCAUGUUCUUAUGUCUAACAUUUAUGCAGAGGCAGGCCAGUGGGAUGAUUCAAAGAGGAUGAGGAGGAAAAUGAUGGAUGAAGAGAUUGCCAAGGAAGUUGGUCAGAGUUGGAUUGAAAUGAAUGGAAUCUUGCGUGAAUUUACGGCUGGAGAUAUUUCCAACAAUGGAUCUAAUGAGCAUUGA